AUGAAGAUCACCGCUCUCGCCAUCACUGCUCUAUCCACCGUAGCAAGCGUCGCAUCCGCUGACGACUACCAGCCGGCGCUCCGAGCACUUGCCGCACAGGAGCCAACUGCAUCCAUUGCCGACACACUUGCUUCCGACCCGACCAAGCAACAAUCCUCUACUCCUGUGGAGGCUGCUGCUGCAGCUGCCAAGGAGCAUAAUGUCGACGAUGACAGCAAGAAGGCCAAGGAGUGGUGA